AUGCUAUUCGAUUACUACUGCUGUACCGACAAUAUCGACAUCACAAACACUGUACGAUGCGCAAACCUGCCGAUGCAUGUGCAGGCUUCUGUCCACGAUGUGGCGUCGACAUUCAAGCGCCUCCUUUCGGUAAUACCCGGCGGGAUACUGGGUUCUUUGGCGCUUUUUGAUGCUCUGGUCGCAAUCCAUUCACAGUUACAGGGUGAUCCAGAGUUCCCUCGCACCAAACAGACCAAGGUUCGGGCCCGACUCAUCGCCCUGGCUAUCGCAACGGUUCAAUCUCAAUUUCGGAGGGAACUCAUAUGCGCUGUCUUUGGACUUUUGAGUUUAAUUGGAAGAGUGGCAGAAAUCACCCCCAGAGAAGAUGAAGAAGGUCGAUCACUACCCACGGGAGACCUCAUGGGCUACAAUGCACUCGGCAUCGUUUUUGGACCUCUUCUCAUUGGCGACUUGCUUGGAAUCUAUUGUACGAAGUUGGCCGCCCCAAAGACAGGGUUGCUGGUGCUCCCAUUGAGAUCUCCAAGAUCACGACAAGAUCGGAAUGGAAGAAAGACACUCGACAAUGAGCUGGGGGCACCUCCAACAAUGGACAAAAUUCUCAUCGCCAACGCCAUCGCAGAAAUGCUUAUAGUCAAUUGGAGAGAUGUGGUCCGACAAAUGAAAUCGCUCGGCAUGAAUCGACCUCACCCACGAUCAACGAGUCAGGACGACACCAACGAGAAUGGUUUUGUUAUAAGGAAACCACAAGGUUGGGAUCAGGAAUGGCGAGGAAACGAAGUGGGAGAUCAGACUCCACGAGAAGACAGCCCAGAGCCGCCUACACCUACCCUCGGCAUAUCUAAACAGCGGUCGCGCAGUCGUGGGAGUUCAGCCUCAAAGAGACUUGCAGCCAGACCCAACAUUGGUUGCUUAAGUCCAACCGUGGAGGAGAGUGUUCACGACGAGGAUAAGACCCAAAGACCAACACAAGCAGGGGAAGGCAGUAGCUUUGUUCAAACGUCGCAGAAUUUGCAGAUGCCGACAAGCGCACUUCACUUGGAAGACAGCAAGGAUGCGACAAAGGACACACCACAGAGCGAGAGUAUGCACAUCGCUCCAACACCCACCCCGGCUACAAGGGCCGGAGGACUGAUCAAUCGAGAUGGUUCCCAUCUGUCUCAAGAUGAUGUGCCACCUCGGACGUCCUCAAAAAGAGGAACAAAAACAACCCCUAUCCAACAAACCAGUGCCGAGGAACCUUCGAGCCAGGACACUUCGAGAGUCUCAGCAACGGAGACCCCUUCGAUUGAACGAAAGGGUGCCAUAAGGAAGAAAUAUCCUGGAAAGGCAAAAGCCCUAAAGCCAAGUCGACAGCCGCUCGCUGUUGAGUGGACUAAACCUGCCAGGUCAUCAGAUACCUGCAUGGAGGGGCCUGGUUCAACCCACCUACCGUUUUAUUCCGAGAAGGAGGCCCUUGAAGCUGCACUAAAAGCGCAUUUCGAGGAACUCAGGGAAUUGGAUUCGAUGGACCAACGCAAGAGUUCAGCCUCUACAAAUGUUGAUCAGACUUCGCAGAUGUCGGACUUUGCCAACACUCCAAAGGGUUUACACUUGCCAAUCGAUAGAUUAGAAGAGGGCAGCGAGUACACUGUUCACGGGUACAAAACACGAACACAGGCUUUACAAGAAGCCAACUCUGCCUCGACAACACCAAGACAAUUUUAUUCACCAAUGCAGGUACCGGCGAAUAUUGCAGGAGGCAGCAGUUCCAUGAGGCUGGCCUCCCCAAAAAGCCAGGUCGGGACAUAG